CUGAAACGGUUCACAUUGACUUCAACGAAGCUCCAACGAGAACAAGCCAAUUAUGACAUAGCUCCAUCCGAAGGCAGCUGGCUUUAUAAGCCUGAUUUGCCAAAGGAAAUGUUGCAGAUUUCAAUCAAGGAGCAAUAUAAUUUCGUUUCCGCUUCCUGCAGUCCAAAGAACAAGAACUGGUUCUUCUAUGCCUUUGGCCGGGUUGUAGUUGAUUUUCAAGUUUGCAGCUUUAUAAUCCGAAAAGUCAGGAGGACUUUGGGGAUUGACAGAGUCUUACAGCGAUGGGAGAAGAUGGUGUGUAUGCAAAAGAUGGGAGGGUUGAACCCAUUGCAGAAGAUGAUGAUGUGCACACCAAAGAUGGGACGGUGGAUUACAAAGGAAACCCGGCUAAUAAAAAAGUCACAGGAACCUGGAAAGCCUGCCCUUUUAUUUUAGGGAACGAGUGUUGUGAGAGAUUGGCCUAUUAUGGGAUGAGCUCAAAUCUGGUCAUUUAUUUCAAGACACGCCUGCACCAAACCAGUGCUAAAGCAGCUAAAAGCAACUCAAAUUGGAGCGGGACAUGUUACCUUAUGCCCUUGCUUGGAGCAUUUUUGGCUGAUGCAUAUUUGGGAAGAUAUAAGACUAUUGCCUCUUUCUCAAUCAUCUAUGUCAUUGGGAUGACGCUUUUAACAUUGUCAGCAUCAAUUCCUGGCAUGAAGCCAACUUGUGUUUCCAAAGAUGACUGCCAUGCAAACCGUGGACAAACUGCAGCAUGCUUCAUAGCACUUUACCUUAUAGCUUUGGGUACUGGUGGAAUUAAGCCUUGUGUCUCAUCAUAUGGAGCAGACCAGUUUGAUGAUGAUGAUGAGGUUGAGAAGAAACACAAGGGUUCUUUCUUCAACUGGUUCUAUUUUUCCAUCAAUGUGGGUGCAUUGAUUGCGAGUUCUGUGCUGGUGUGGAUUCAAAUGAACGAAGGUUGGUCGUGGGGUUUUGGUAUACCAGCAGUUGCCAUGGCAAUUGCUGUAGUAAGUUUCUUUUUAGGUACUCGGUUAUAUAGGAACCAGAAGCCAGGAGGUAGUCCGUUAACGCGAAUAAUUCAGGUGCUGGUGGCAUCUGUGAGAAAAUACAAAGUCAAAGUACCUGAAGACAAGUCCCUUUUGCAUGAAACCACUGAUGCAGAGUCCGCCAUCAUAGGAAGCCGCAAGCUGGAUCACACAAAUGAAUUCAGUUUCUUUGACAAAGCAGCUGUUGUGGAACCAACAGACAAUAUAAAGGACUCAAAAGACCCAUGGAGACUUGCAACGGUUACCCAAGUGGAGGAGUUGAAGUCGAUCAUAAGGUUACUUCCCGUUUGGGCCACUGGUAUUAUCUUUGCUGCAGUCUACAAUCAGAUGAGCAAUUUCUUCGUCUUGCAAGGCACCCUAAUGGAUCUUCAUGUCGGCAACUCCUCCUUUGAGAUUCCAGCAGCCUCCCUUUCAGUUUUUGACACUCUCAGUGUCAUCAUCUGGGUCCCAAUAUAUGACCAACUCAUUGUUCCAUUUGUAAGGAAGUUCACAGGCCACAGGAAUGGCCUAACUACACUGCAGAGAAUGGGAAUUGGUCUCUUCAUUUCUAUCUUCUCCAUGAUAUGUGCUGCAAUUUUGGAACUCGUCAGACUCAGAAAAGUUAAAGAUAACAACUACUAUGAUUAUGAACACAUGCCCAUGUCAGUUUUCUGGCAAUCGCCUCAGUAUUUCCUCAUAGGUGCUGCAGAAGUGUUCACUUUCAUUGGACAGUUGGAUUUCUUCUAUGAUCAAGCACCCGAUGCAAUGAGAAGCUUGUGUUCUGCUCUGUCUCUCUCCACUGUUGCACUAGGAAACUACUUCAACUCCCUGCUCGUGACCAUUGUUACCAGUGUGACUACAAAGCACAACAAGCCAGGGUGGAUACCAGACAAUCUGAAUUACGGCCACCUUGACUAUUUCUUCUGGAUGUUGGCACUGCUGAGUGUUCUCAACCUUGGAGCCUUCCUCUUGAUUUCCAAGUGGUACACGUACAAAAAGACAGUCGGAUCCAUCCGAUAAUGGCUAAGAAGAAAAUACUCUCUUCCUUACAGGCUUAUAUAUUAGCCUCUAGUCCUUUUCUUGGUGGUUUGAAUAUUGAAACACUUGUACAUGGUCUGUUACUCUGUUUAAGGAGCAUUUAGCUUGUGUUUGCAAUUCUGUAAGACAGCAUUGGUAAAAAGUUACUCAUAUGGUGGUGUUAAACAGUUUAUAAGUCAAGAAGAAGUGAGAUACAAGUUUGUUUGUUCAA